CUCUUUUUCAGCGCGUCCCGGGACCUUUCUCGUGCCUCGGCGCGCUGACCUCAACGUCACUUCCGGAAAGGAGCCCGAGUGGUGGGAAAAGGCUAGAAGAUAACCAGGAAGUAGUCCUUUUAUCAAGAAGAGAACUUCUGAACAAUGGCGGUUUUUGAUUCUCCCCAGGAAGCAUUUGGCAUUUUACGCCCAGUUUGUGUUCAGCUCACAAAGACACAGACCAUAGAGAAUGUAGAACACCUUCAGACAAAACUGCACACUAUAGGUGAUUCUGCUCUUCAAGACCUUCAAGAAUAUGUCCUCUUUCCCUUAAGAUUCACCCUCAAGACUCCAGGUUCCAAAAGAGAAAGCCUGGUCCAGUGCGUAGUGGAAUGCAUUACAUUUGUCCUUUCUACAACAUGUAUAAAGAAACAGGACCUCCUUCAAGAACUUUUUUCAGAGCUAUGCCUUUGCCUGUCUUCUCCUAAUUCCCAACAACCAGCACCUGUAUCAGAAGAAUUAAAAUUGGCUGUAGUCCAAGGACUCCAUACAUUAAUGCAUUCAGCCUAUGGAGACAUAAUCCUCAGCUUGUAUCAACCUUGCACUCUUCCCCACUUAGGAUUUGCUAUAUCUUUACUGUUAACUCUAGCAGAACAGGAGAAAUCAAAGCAAAUUAAAACUUCUGCCUUAAAGUGUUUACAAGUUCUUCUCCUACAGUGUGACUGCCAGGACCAUCCCAAGUUGUUAGAUGACACUGAGAGAGAACAACUUGGAGAUUUGUUUGCUUCUUUUUUGCCUGGGAUCUCAACUGCAUUGACCAGGAUUAUCACUGGGGAUUUUAAACAAGGUCAUAUGAUCAUCAUAUCUGCCUUAAAAGUCUUUUACAAGAUAAUUGGCUUCGUUAUGGCUGAUGAACAGUUAGAAAAAAUUCCAAAAGACAAAAAGAAGCCUUCAGUUGAAUGCAGGGUAGCAGAACUUAUGGUCCACAGAGAAGCAAAUUGGGUUAAAAAUACUGGCAGUAAGUUGGCUACCCUUAUUGAAAAAAUAGUUGAAUUUGUUUCAGUUCACCCACACUGGAAGGCAAGGAUGGAACUGAUAGAACUUGUCCAGGAUCUUCUAUUGAAGUGUAGACAAUCUUUGUUGAAUUCUGUUGGCCACCUUUUGAAGGCUCUGGUGGGUUUGGUAAAUGAUGAGAAUGCUGAUGUCCAAAGCAGAUGCAAUAAAGUUCUGAAAACUUUUGCAGAUCAAAGGAUAGUUGUUGAGAGCAGGGCACUUGCUGACAUCCUGUCAGAAAAUCUACAUUCUCUUGCUACAGCCCUUCCCCGCCUUAUGAGUUCACAGGACGAUCAAGGCAAAUAUUCUACUCUCCUCUUGUUACUUGGUUACCUCAAACUCUUAGGCCCCAAAGUAAACUUUGUUCUCAACUCUGUGGCCCACCUUCAUCGGCUAUCCAAAGCACUCAUACAAGUUCUAGAACUCGAUGUGGCUGAUGUGAAAAUUGUUGAAGAGCGCCGCUGGGGCCCUGAUAGAUUGGCCGAAUCCUCAAGUUCAUUGUCAGAGCCACCUUUAUACAAAAGCAAAAGCCAGAGGAAAUAUUUUCGCUUCUUCACAGAUGAGCGGAUUUUCCUGCUCCUGAGGCAGAUAUGUCAGACACUUGGCUUUUAUGGGGAUCUCUAUCUGCUUGUGGAUCACUUCACCGAGCUGUACAAUGAAUCAGUCAUUUAUAGAAAACAAGCUGCCAUGAUCCUUAAUGAGCUGAUUGUAGGGGCUGCAGGGAUUGAGGUGGAAGUUCUCCAUGAAGAUAAGAGCAUGGCAGGCUCAGAAGAACUGAGGCAGGUCAUCACAUCCAUCCUUGAGGAAUACAUAAGCCAAAAAAACUGGUAUUUGGUCACCUCUAAGGAAGCUGAGGGAACAAUGAAGCAUUCACACCUUCAGGCCAUCACAUCAGAUGUUCACACCUGUCAUCUUGCACCACUUCCAUCGUCUUCAGAGCUUAGUCUCACUGUCUGUUCUAUGAAUAGCAACAUCUGGCAAAUAUGUAUCCAGUUAGAAGGGAUUGGCUGCUUUGCACAUGCACUAGGAAGAGAAUUCCGUUUGCUUUUAAUGUCAGCUCUCUACCCCGUGCUUGAAAAAGCUGGAGACAAAACUCUGCUUAUUAGUCAGGUGGCUACCAGCACCAUGAUUGACAUUUGUCAUGCCUGUGCCUAUGACUCUCCCCGGGACCUGAUCAAUAAUAAUGCUGACUAUUUAGUGAAUGAGAUUUCCUUAAAUCUACAUCAGAUGGCACGGUCCCCUCAUACCCCAAUAGUCUUGGAAAUUAUGUUCCAGAACUCAGAUGCUAGCUUGCUUCCUUUGAUAGAAGAUGUGAUUCAAGAUGUACUGUUCAGCCUGGAUCAGUUUCAUGAUGAGAGAGCUGCUUCAUUCCUCAGUGUCCUACACACAGUGUUGGCAGCCUUAGCCCGGUGGUUCCCAGAGGCCAAGGAUGACAAACAACUCCAGAAACAGAAUUUCAGGAAGGAAAAAUAUGAUUUACACCAAGGCUCAUCGACUCUUGGGAAUGGAUUUGCAUUUACUACCCCUGCUGAAGAAAUAGAACAGUUUUUGUUGAACUACCUCAAAAAUAAGGAUGUUGCGGAUGGAAAUGUCUCCGAUUCUGAUAAUGAAGAGGAGCAACCACCCCCGUCAGAGGCAGAAAUGAAUGAUGUCUGUCCAGAUGUGGAAGCCUUACUUCCAGUUCAGACCCAGAUAGCCAAGGAUGUGAUGGAGAGGUGCAUUCACUUGCUGUCUGAUAAAGAUCUGAAGACACGCCUGAAGGUUCUGGAUGUGUUGGAACUGUGUGUGACAGUUCUGCAAUCUCAUGAGAACCAGCUACUUCCCAUGAUACAUCGAGUCUGGCUGCCACUCGUGCACCGACUUACUAAUGAUGACCCCCUGGCUGUUCUCAGAGCUUUUAAGGUGUUAUGCACCCUAGGAAACCAAUGCGGUGAUUUCCUUCGGAAUCGGUUUUCCAAAGACAUCCUGCCAAAGCUAUCUGGCUCCUUGGUCACCCAGGCUCCCGUCAGUGCCAAGGCUGGACCUGUCUACUCCCAUACACUUGCCUUCAAAUUGCAACUGGCUGUGCUGCAGGGUCUGGGGUCACUUUGCAAGGAACUGGACCUGGGUGGGGGUGACCUGAAUAAAGUGGCAGAUGCCUGCUUGAUUUACCUGAGCGCUAAACAGCCCGUGAAAUUACAAGAGGCUGCCAGGAGACAUGAAACUGUUUAGCUGAAUCUCCAUUGGGCUUAGGAACCAUCUUAAUGGCCCUGCUUAAUGAACUUCAGUGUAUUUGUUAUGCUGUCAGAAGCAAUUUGACAUUGUUAUCAGAGUCCUUUUGAGUAGCCCAGUAAAUACUCUCUUGGGCAAAAAUCAAAUGUCCCUUUCUCCCUUUUCCCUUUUAUUCUUCCCUCCUCCUCAUUCCAUUGUGUCUCCCCAGUGUGUUCCUCCACCUGAUGAAGGUAGAUCCAGACACCACGUGGUUCAUUCUGAAUGAACUUUACUGCCCUCUUCCAUAUGAGCCCCCACACCCCAGCCUCUACCCAGUGAGCCUGAGUGGGAUGGCCAAGCCUCGGACAGAAUACACUGACAACGUGCUCCUCCUCCUAGCUGAGCUGCAGGGCUGAGGGGCUCUCCCUGAGAGGCCAAGCAUCCCUGCUUCCCGGGAUGAUGACACAUCUAUGCCAGCUGCUGACUGGCCACCCCCAAGGGGCACGAAGGGAUACAUGUUCUCCUGAAGCUGGUAGUCGUUAGAGCAAUUUCUUCUGCCCCUGAACCGUUGGACCCCGAGACUGGCAGCCCAGAGGCAGCCUUCAGAGAGAAGAACAUGAAGGGGGAUGAGACAGCCCAUCGAUUUAUAAAUUGAUCGAUCAUACAACUGCUUAGAAAUUGGAUUGAAGCAAAAUAGCUGACUGUUAUUUAUAUUUUACACCUUGUGUUUUCAAAUGACAUUGUCAAACAACUCUAACAAUUUAACUCCUUGAUAUACUUUAGUCAUUGGACAGAGCUAUGUUCCAGGGGCAGAUUGCUGGCCUGACACACACACACCACCACCCCACUUCAGCUGCUUUUUUCUGCGUUUUGUUGUCAUUUUUUUUAGACAUCUGGCAAAGACAAAAUGACCUUUCUUCCUCCUGCAUUUUUGUUCUCUUGAAUGCCUUGUUCAAAUAUUGAAUCCAUGAAAAUGCAGAGUCUACAGACUUUCCAUUCCAUAUAUGUGGAAGCAUUAUCUCCUCUUCUUCCCACCUAAAUAAUGACCCUGAAUCUGUUGGUUUGGUUUUUUAGCACUUUGGAUACACAAUAAAGAUGUUAUAAUCAUUCA